AGGAAAGCUUCAAAGUUCAUCCAAUCCCAUUCAUUCCUCCGAUCGAUCUUCUUCUUCCUCUCUCUGCGCGCUCUGCCCUUUCUUCUCCGUCGUCAGAUCUCUCCCUCCCUUAUAAAAAACCCCCAAAAAAAAAAAAAAAACCGCGACGCGCGCGCCAAAUACGAAUCGAAUUCUCACUCCUCCUCUCUCCCUUCCUCUCCCUUCCAGGCUGGGUUAUUGAUAAGAUGGCGGAAGCACCGGCGAGUCCGAUGGGCGGUGGGAGCCACGAGAGCGGCGGCGAGCAGAGCCCGCAGUCGGGCGGCGUGAGGGAGCAGGAUAGGUACCUGCCGAUCGCGAACAUCAGCCGCAUCAUGAAGAAGGCGCUGCCGGCCAAUGGGAAGAUCGCCAAGGACGCCAAGGACACUGUCCAGGAGUGCGUCUCCGAGUUUAUCAGCUUCAUAACCAGCGAGGCAAGUGACAAAUGCCAAAAGGAGAAGAGAAAGACAAUUAAUGGUGAUGACUUGUUAUGGGCGAUGGCAACCUUGGGGUUUGAAGAGUAUAUUGAGCCACUCAAGGUUUACCUGGCUAGGUAUAGAGAGUUAGAGGGCGACACCAAAGGUUCUGCAAGGGGUGGAGAUGGUUCAGCUCGAAAGGAUGUUUCAGGAGGUCAGCCUGGUCAGAAUGUCCAGUAUGUUCAGCAGGCUUCAUUGAAUCAGCCUGUGGGCUAUAUGAAUCCACAGUUUGGUCAACAGGGCUCAGUAAAUUACGUCAAUGCGCAUCAAUGAAUCACAUUAGUUCUUUUUCAGACAUAGAUGCAGCAUAUGCAAGCUAUUACGGUGGGAGGUGAAGCAUGGUGCAAGGAGCUCCUCUUCUAUAGAUAUUAUGGUGAAUGGCGAGGUAGAUAUAGGCGAAUAAUAUUGAAAAAGCAUCUUUAAUGUCGUUAUAUUACUUCACAAUAUGGUGUACUUGUAGGUCUGGAAUAGUGAGGGAUUGAAAGUUGACAUCUAGGAUGUUUUGUUCUUAAUUAGGAAAACAGUUACAGUUGCCUGAUAUUCUGUAAAUUUGUUUCACUCAUUGAGCACCUGAUCGACUUUUUAUAUCGAGAUUUCAGCCGAUGCAUCUCAA